AUGAAAUUAUUACAAGUUCUUGUUGUAUCGAGCGUCAUAUUUCUGGUAACAUUAGUCAUAGUGACUUACGAAGUACUUUCUAGCCGCGAGGAGGAAUGUAAUAAUGGAAAGAUAAAUUCGCGGAACAAUCAUGGCGAACAGCUGACCAAAACUCAGCAGAUAAUCAGAUCACUUUUCAGAGUAGUCACAGGAAUGGCAAUAAUAAAGAUUAUAAAAGGCCUCUUCUUUCCAAAUAAUGGCAGAUCAAAUGGAGGAACUCAAGCCUCAGGAUCUCAGGCGAGUGCCCCACCAUUUAGUGAAGAUGAUUCCUUAAGUUAUAUUCCAGAUAACCACAUAGGAUACCGCUAUAACAACAACUCUGAUCCUCCACCUUAUAGUCCACCUCCAUCAUAUAAUUCUUUACCGCGUUAUGGUGAGACAAUAAAAUGGUAUAAUUCGUCUAGCAAGAAGAGUGGCAGGUAA